AUGCAUCUGGUUAUCACUCCGCAUCGUUUCGGUGAUAUAUUUAUGUUUGACGAUGCUGAUAAGAUGUCUUCAUUUGGUGGUUUCGAUGAUUCUUUCAUAAACCGCGGUAACAACACGAGUAAUUCGUUCAUGCGAGAUCAUAUGCCGUCAUUCUCGUUUGAUUCAGGUAACAUAUUCGAUCGCAUUUUCCCCCUCUCGCCUGUUGAACGCUUCAAUAAUACACCGUUGCGAAAGAUGUCUAAUGGCGAUUUGAACGGUGCGCCGGGCGUUGUGAGGAAUAUACCGAUUAAAGUUGAGGGGACAAGGAAUGUUGUGCAGCCGAGGGCGCAACCUAGCGGCGGUACGGUGGGAUAUUCGUCAGCAACGAUGCGCCCUUCGCGACAAGCCAGCGCUCCACCACCUUCAUUUGAUUCCUGUCGAUUGCCAAAGAGGUAA